UGGGCUUGGAGACCGCCUUCACCCAUCAUGCAUUGUGGUGGAAAGUGAGAUCCUCCGCCACCUGCCCGGCUGUCUCUCUGGUGUGCCAGCUACUGUGUCGUUAAUCCUCUACCCGCUGCCAGCCCAGAGAAAGACCAACCAAAUUGACUACAAUACAAUUGCCGAAGACCUCAACAGCGCUACCACAGCCUUUAGGAGGAACUGCGCCAAAAAAAAAGGCAAUUUCAGUGUGCUUUUCCUUCAAUUGAUUGAAUUAGAGGCACGGCAGAAGCACAACAACAUGGCUCACCGCCACUUUGAGGGCAAAAAGCACUCCUCCGCGUAUCUGAAGUACAGGGUGUCCCCACCGAUGGAAGUAACUGAAGAGAUACUGGGGUUCCUGGAAAAAAAGAAAGGGAUCCCAUUUGACCUUGCUGUGGAUGUAGGCUGUGGUUCUGGGCAAGGGACAGUUCUAUUGGCCCCUCACUUCACCCAGGUGGUUGGGACAGACAUCAGCCCUGCCCAACUGGAGGUGGCUCUGGCCAAUUGCAAAGCCCCGAAUAUCUCCUACAGGCUGUGUCCUGCAGAGGAGCUACCGUUCAGCGACGGUGGGGUUCAUUUAGUCACUUCCAUGAAUGCAGCCCACUGGUUUGACCGUCCACAGUUCCUCCAGGGAGGCAGACAGGGUGUUGAAGCCCAGUGGGUGUCUGGCACUGGUCAGCUAUGCUGCAGACAACACUCCCAGGAUCUCAGUGACAUCUGUCAAAAGUUUUUUAAGACACUGCUGCCAUUUCGCAGUGCUCACCUAGGACUCAGCUCGACUGCCCCUCUCUACAGGAAAAUGUACAACUCAUGCCCUUAUCCAGACAAAGAGUGGCAUGAGUGUGAUGUGAGGAGACCGAUGCCUCUGUGUGAUUAUAUUGGCAUGGUGGAAACCUUAUCUAGCUACCAGGUUCUGUCGAAGGAGGAACCAGUGAAAGCCCACAGUUUCUCCCUGGAGUUCCAGAAAAGGCUGUUUUCUGUGAUGGGAGUGUCGAGUCCAGAAAUAGAGGUCAUAGUGGUCAUCAAGUAUUUAUACUGGCUGGCUAGCAAACCUGCUGCAACCUGAUCUGGGACAAAGAAGGCGCAAUAACCUCAGACCAUUUUCUUCCCUUUUAAUAUUUUUAUAUUCCAUUCAGUGGCAAAUAUAAAACAAUUACGAAAUAUAACUACCAGAACAUGUUGUUAUUAUUAUACAUGUAAGUCAUACAAUUUAAAGGGGAAGAACAAUCACACGAUCACCCCCUUCAUAUUGUCAAAGCUCUCCCAAAAACAUCUGUUCCAAGUGGUGGUAGGACGCCGUCAAACAUUUCCCCACCAAUCACAGUGAAGUUCAUGUAUGCAGCACGUCCUUUAGGGGAGGGGUAUUGGGUCUCCUAAACCACUGGUUUGUUUGCAAGGUGGGACUUCACAUACAGAUGAAGAUUUCAGACAGGUAAUCACUGUUUUUAUCUUUAAUGUAAGCAGCAGAAUACAGUUGCACUCACCUGGCUAGUCAAGCAACAAUAUUGUUGUCCUUAAUGUAAUUACAUA